AUGCCAUUAGGAUUAUUCGAUAUGUUAAUUUCGAAAGUCAGUGAUAAAGAAAAAUUAAGACUGAUAAAAGUAAUGGAUUCACAUAGAACACUAUCGUGUGCGUUCAGAACUUGGGACCUGUGCGAAUAUCCGAUACUUCCUAGAAAUACUUCUCAUUCGUGGACGAUCGAAAAAAAAAAUAUUGAAAACGAUGCUGGGCGAUUCGAUCACUGUCAACUAAAAAACCUUAAGGUCCACUUAAAUUCUGAAGUGUAUCCGUACGAAGACUUUCGUGCAGAUUUUAAAAAUAAUACAACUAGUAUUUUGUAUAAGGCCUAUACAGACUUUCAAAAAUCGUAUUAUGAGCGAGAUUAUUGCGAGCCAUUAUUAUCAAAACACAUUUUUCAAAACUACGUUCCAAUCGUCGUAGUUGAUUUAUCACGUCAAAACGAUAAUGUGAAGUCGUCGACCAUAGAUCUACGUAUUGAAUUUGAAACGGAUACAGUUAUACCAGAAAAAACUGCAGCAUAUUGUUUAAUACUACAUGACCAGAUUAUAACUUACAACCCGUUUAGUGGCGAUGUUAGAAAAUUGUAA